AUGCAACAAAGAUUCCCAGACGGCUUGCCCGUCAACUGCUUACCGUCCUGCAAUCCAGAAACUAAUCAAAGACGAAACUGCGCAACACAAUCAACCGGUAACUCGGCGGAUCUUCCCAGUGCAGACUCCUACUAUAUUCCCUCUCCGGCUCCACAGGUUGCGGAAGUAGGCCACCACGCCCAACCGCAGCCCCCAUCUUCAGCUUUAUUCCCCAUGACAAUCAAUACGUCAAUUCCGGCGUACCACCACUCUCAGGUUCACUCAGCUAGUUCCUCGCCACAGGGUGUAUGGCCAACACCACCUUCUACUACUUGUGAAGAAGAGUUCGAUAAUUAUUCCUAUCAAGGUUCACCUACGAGUGGUGCUCGCGGUACUCAGCCCCUUGCGUCUUGUUCGGGACACUCUUCAGUUGCUAGUCCAAGGAGCUGGUCGCCCCAAGAAUCCCAGCACAUUAACAUCCACCAGACAUUUUUCAAGGGAUCAGAUCAUAUGUCCGCUUAUAACUUCAGGGCCUGCCACCAGUUGCAGCAUGAGCAACAGCUCCACCCCCAGAUGGCUACAUCUGCGUAUGAGAAUCAAAGCUUUGCUUCAGUCGACCUAGCUACAAGUACUAUGACACAACCCGAGAUGUCAUCCAUUGCCAGCAGCCACCCAGAUCCUAACCCGGCUGUUGAAGUCCAAAGCGAAUCAUCUCAGGCAGAACAAGGGCUAGACACAUCAUACAGCUCCUAUAGUCAAGAUGAAACUUCACAACAUGUCGGCCAGGGACUCGAAGAGAACGAGCAAGAGUCAGAGAAGGCUGAUGGUCCUUAUGCGCAACUAAUCCAUCAGGCUUUCAUGAGCCGACGCACACGCGCCAUGACGCUACAGGAGAUCUACCAGUGGUUCCGUGAGAACACGGACAAGGAAAAGACGGACAAGGGGAAUAAACGCAAUGGGUGGCAAAAUAGUAUCCGGCAUAAUCUCAGCAUGAAUCAUGCUUUUGUCAGACGCGAACGAAAAGCGAGUUCCGAUGAUCCUCUAAAUGGGUCGGGAGAGGCAAAAAAGAUAUCACAAUGGGUUCUAGAGGAAUGGGCCGUGAAUGGCGUACAAAGUACAACGCGCUACCGCAGCAAGGGUACUUCUAAUCGUCGCGCCAAAUCCAGAAACGCCUCGCGGACGAACGCCCAUGCUUCAGCGCGUGCCAUGUCUGGCCGCAAGGGCGGGAAGAAGGCGGCAGCAAGCAAAAGGGCGAUUCUAGGCCGACAAAACCCAGGCCCUAUAUUCACACCAAGCAGCAGCAACCUUCAGGGACCAAUGCAAAAUGUCGUCUACGAGGGGAUGCAGUAUUCUCUUCCUGCCCAUACAAGAGACGAGCCGACAACGCCCCCCGAUCCCAGUCACGAGAGCAUGAUACUAGCGUCGAAUACAAUGCAAUCGAUGGUAUUGCCGACGAAUAAUGCAAAUCAUGAAUUCUCCUUCGGGUCUAACGCUCCUCAGUACAGCCAGGCCAGCCACAAUAACAUGUACGCUCUUGAGAAUGUGACAGGGCUAUACCAAGGCCACCAAGCACCUAUUAACGUACACGGGGGCCAAGGACUGUCAACGAUGCAUCCUGAUUUCAACCCCAUAUUUGAAGACCCUGACGACCACCGCAACAAUAGGCUUUCAUACUCUUAUUGGGGCCAGCCAGUACCAGGUGGUCAAUUCCAGCCAUAG